AUGGGGUCGGAAAUUAAAACCGGCCACGAUUCUCGUUCGGCUUACAGGAUGGGAAAGGAUAGUAAAGCCGGUGGCAAAGCUAAGGAUGAGGAAAUCAAUGAUUCAAAAGGGAGAAACGUUGCUAGCAGAUCAUCAACUAGUUUGGGUACUGCGUCUGAUACAUCUGGUCUAAGAAGGUCAGCUAGAGAAACAUCAUCGAACAAAAACGUGACUCCAAGCCCUUCAAGUACGCGGAAGUCUGAACGUCUUGAGAAGCGAACCUCUACGACUCCUCCAGUUGCGAGGAAGUCUGAGAGAUUAGUCGAGAAAAAAGUUUAUCAGGUCCUUUGA